CUAUCAGAGAAUGCUAUCCGAUGGGCUAUCUCAGACCAGUUGCAAGGAAGCAGCCUUACCCCUCUCACUCUCAGUGCAGUCUGGCUAGGCAUUGUGAUCCUUUCAUUAAUUUAAUGUACCCAGGAGUGCAUGAAUGUACAUGUAUACCAUCUACAGUAUACUUGAGUCCUUUUGUUGAUUAGAACAAGUUUUUUAUUAAAUUUUUCGUACAUAUAGGGUUGAAAAUAGACUAUAAACUUUAGGAAGUCAGAGUGUCUGGUUUAAAAAUCAACCGGACAUUCUAAUUACAGCUGGCAAAAAACUUUAGCACAGGCUUAGUUGCCAACAUUUAUAUUAGCAAUGUGGUUUACAUAUACGGAGGCUUUUAACAUAACAAAUUAUCAUAAAACCAUUAGACAAUGAGUGUGCAUGCGCUGGAAAAAAACUCUAGCACUUAAGUUGCCAACAUUUAUAUUAGCCAUGUGGUUUACAUAUACGGAGGCUUUUGACAUAUCAUAACCAUUACAAAAAAAUGUAAACAAUGAGUGGGAGUUGGCCCCACCUCGCUACUGCAUGUUUAUGCACACAUAAAACAGUUCAAGUUUCUGGAUUGGUCCCACGACAGCAAAACACAGCCAAAAAAAUCUUGUUAAGCUAUAUAGAUAACGGUGGAAAAGUACGUAUGAUGGUGGCUGUUAAUGUGAUUAUCAAGCUGACGUUGAUUCUUCUCACCGUAUUGAUAGUACAAACAUUUGUCAACUGUGCCGCUGAAGAAGAUGGCCUUACAUGUCUGGCUGGAAGGAUACCAAGCAGUGAUAUUACAUUCAGGAGAUGCAGAACUCUCACAUUAGUGACAAAUCAAACAACUUUCUGCAACGAUGAUGAGUGUCGAAACUAUUUCUCAUCAGCCUACGAUGUGUGUGGUCUAUGCAAUGCAUUUCAGUUGGCUUGCAAUGAAUCAGAAAUUACAAACAAAAACCGUAGCACACCUGAUUUGCAAUGCUUGUUUGUGGAAGCUGCUCAAGAAGGCUUGGGGGCAUGUCAGUCUAAAAGAAUGGAGGAAGGUCUCACAGCGUACUGUCUGGAUGAGAGCUGCUCUUUUGUUGAGGAAGCCUACAACAAGUGUGGGUUUGAUUGGCAUGGCUGUAAUCCUAUUCGAGAGACUUGCAAUAAGCAUUUCAGAUCUUUGCUGCCUCUGGAAUGCAACAGUGGAGGAAAUUCAAAUCCCGCAAUAGUGGCUAUUAUGAUUCUGAUAAUGUGUUCUGUGCUUAUGAUUUGAGUAAAAUUAAUGUGCUUGAACUUUGAAGGAACAGUCAUAAAAUUAACACACUGUAACACAUAGCAAAACUUGUGUAAUUUAUAUAAUUAUAGGUACUAUACAUGACGUACUGUAGAUUCAAUUAGUCUUUUUGUACAAUAAGAAUUAUUUUAUGUCCUUAUAAGAUUUAGAUUUAUAUACAUUUCGAUUUUCCGCUACACUUAUAUACAAAAGCAUCAAUUAUACUA